AUGGACGAAAUCACGCAACUCGCUCAACAGACUAUCUCAACUCAAGUUAAAGGUGAGCUGCAACAGAAAUUUGAUCUUCUUGCCGUGAAAGAGAGCGCCUUAAUCGAGCUGAACGCAUCCAUAGAGGAGUUGACAAUAGAAGAUGAGGACUUUAACGAGGUGUUGACGGGCUCACAGGCAUACGAAGACAAAAUUUGUCUCGCAAAAUCUGUCGCGAAGCAAGUCCUAAGCAAUCCUCCCACCGAUGCACCUCUCUCCAGUAAUCCGCGAAAUCGAAAUUCUACUAGUGUGAAACUUCCGAAACUGGAAAUCUCGAAAUUCGACGGAGAUCUGAGAAAUUGGGAAAGCUUUUGGGACCAGUUCGACUCCACCAUUCACUCUAACGAAUCGCUCUCCAUGGUGGACAAGUUGAAAGGCUACUUGACAGGAAAAGCAAUGACAGUUAUCAAGGAACUUUCGCUUUCCGAGGAAAACUACAGUAUCGCCAUUGAUCUUCUUAAAGACCGAUUCGGAAAGAAAAGCCUCAUCAUUGACGAACACAUGACAAGAUUGCUAAAUUUACCAAAAGUAUCCGAUUCAAGUGAAGUCACUAAAUUGCGUGAACUCUACGACGAAGUACGAACUGGCAUCAGAUGCUUGGAGGCCUUAAGCGUGGCCCACAGCUCAUACGGAGUACUACUCUUAUCGGUCCUACGCAAAGCUGUACCUGCGGAUAUCAAUCUGGAGUAUGAGCGAAAGCACUGUGACAAGGAUGAUCUUGAUUCCUACUUGACGUUCUUAAACCUCGAAGUGACCGGCCGCGAGAGAGGCCAACGCGGGGGAGCCACCAAGCCGAACGUAACGAAUAUCGGAGACGGUCUCAGUAGGAGGCAACAAAACAACUUCCCAUCGGGAGUUACUUUGGCAGUUGGCACAGAACACACAAGAUGUGUAUUUUGCGAGUCCACGGAACAUUCUCUUCAGAGCUGCACUGUACCUCUUUCGCUACAAGAAAAGAAAGAAAAACUCUAA